AUGCGUCUACUCCGGCUCAGCGCUCUAGCGCUCGCCGCCGGAAGUGCUCAUGGAUACCUCGAUACUUCACCCUUCUUUAUGUUCUCGACGUCAGAGCUCUUGAACCCAGAUUCGCAACUACAAUCUGCCAGCAACCUUGUUUCAAAUGUGGCCGUCUCCCUGUCCACAUGCCCUUCAGAUUACUACAUCCUCGUCACGCAGUCCGGCGUGAGUAGCCACGAUUAUGAAUCUAUAAAGAACACGCCUGUCCUGGCCCAGGCACUGUCAGGACACUCUGCGAGAGGCAUCAGAAGCAGCAUGGUCGUGCCUGAUGUCACCGGCAGCAUCGACUCGUCGAGCUGGACAGACCUGCUACGAUCGAAAUGUGGCGUGCAAGUUACCGAGAUCGACGGCUCAAAGGGUGCUAUUCCUGCGACAAUUCCUUCUGCACCGCGACUGCUCAAAGUCACACUCCCCAAGCCGUCCAGCCAAAGGCAGACCGAUCUAGCGCACAACGAUGCUUUCUUCGCCUCUGUUCUUGAUAUGCUGCCUACCCAGAGCUAUACGGUCUUGUACACCACGACGAGGGCCGGGGCCGUCGAAGUGGUUGAGUCAGUGGAGUAUGACGUGGAAUCGCAGCUCCAGGAAAGCUUGCACAUUGACUUGAAGAGGGAUUUGGGCCUGGUCGUUCGUGCUGGAAACGGUACGAAGAACAACCAGACCAUGAUCGAUGGGCCGUUGUUUGAUAAGUACCAGUUCUUUACGCCUGGUAUCUUCAUGGGUCUUCUUGUAUCGUUCCUACUAUUUUCGAUCCUAUACGUGGGCGUGUCGGCAUUGGCCUCGUUACAGGUUACCUAUGCUGCUUUCGACAAGGAGAUGGGUCAAUUGGCGGCGAAGAAGCAACAGUGA